GUAGCAUCGGAAAGCUCGGUGGUGGAUGACAUCUGUAAACAAGCUCCAGUGAAGCUGGAAACUAAACGAUAAAAACGCGGUAAAGAGUGAAAAAGAAGAGCUCGAAAUGGUGAGGGGUAACUCUUUGGUCCACUGUGGGCUGGUUCUGCUGAGUUUGUGGCUGUGUAUCCAGUCAGUGCCCAUCAGUGUGGACCGGUCCAAAGAAAAGUCUCCGGUGCAGGAACUGGAGGCCCCACAGAGCGCUGAGACUGGGCUGCACUACGACCGCUACCUCAGGGAAGUCAUCGAGUUCCUGGAGAAAGACCCCCACUUUAAAGAGAAGCUCAAAAAUGCCAACAUGGAUGACAUCAAGCAAGGCAAACUUGCCAAAGAGCUGAACUUUGUCCAACACAAUUUCCGUACGAAGCUGGACGAGCUGAAGAGGGAGGAGAUGAACCGGCUGCGGAUGCUCAUCAAAGUCAAACACGACAUUCAGGGAGGGAGCGGUGAGUCUGACCGGACCGUGGACCACCAGUCUCUGCUGAAGCAGUUUGAGCACCUCAGCCACCAGAACCCCAACACCUUCGAGGUGGAGGACCUGGACCAGCUCAUCCAAUCGGCGACCAAAGACCUGGAGAACUUCGACAAGGACCGCCACGAUGAGUUCAAGAAUUACGAGUUGACGAAGGAGCACGAGAGGAGGGAACGUCUGAAGACCAUGAGCGAGGAGACUCGCCAGCAGGAGGAGAAGCACUACGAGCAGCUGAGGAAGAAACACGCUGACCAUGCAAAAGUGAACCAUCCGGGCAGUGAAACCCAGCUGAAGGAGGUGUGGCAGGAGUCGGAUGGUAUGGACCCAGACAACUUUGAUCCCAAGACCUUCUUCAAAAUGCACGACACUAAUGGAGAUAGCUUCUUCGAUGAGAGCGAGCUUGAAGCUCUCUUCACUAAAGAGCUGGAGAAGGUGUACAACCCAGAGAACGAGGAAGACGACAUGGUUGAGAUGGAGGAAGAGAGGCUGCGAAUGAGAGAGCACGUUAUGAAUGAGGUGGACACCAACAAAGACAGACUUGUGUCAAUGAUCGAGUUCAUGGCUGCCACUCAGAAGGAGGAGUUCUUGGAAAAGGAUGAGUGGGAGACUUUGGAUCAGAACCCGCUCUACACAGAGGAGGAGAUGAGAGAGUACGAACAGCAUCUGGUCAACGAGGAGAACGACAUCCACCAGAAGUCUGUGGAGCUGCAGAAACAGAGGGAGGAGCUGGAGAGGAAACAGGAAGAACUCAGUGCUCAGAAGAUCGGCCUGCAGCAGGCAGUAGAAGAAAUGGAAAGGAUAAAAGGUGAUGUGAAACAUCCGGGCGCUGUCGCUGCAGGUGUAGCAACAGGAGGAGCUCCAGUUGUUCCAGGAAACUCUCGCCCUCUUCCCCCCGAUGUCCCAGUGCCAGGACACUCUUAGCAGGCUCUGUGUGCUGCCAGUGAGCGUGUAUGUGUGUGAGUGUGUGUGGGUGUGUGUGUGUGUUCGCCUUGUUAUUAUUCCCCAUUUUGGUUCAAAUGUUCCUUUUUUCUUUAACACCACUUGACGGAAAUAUGUCUAAAUAAUAAGCGCACAUAAGAGAAUCUGAUUUCUAGGCUUCAGAUUUGGUGCCACUGUCCCACUCUGCCUGCUGUAGCUGCAUACAUCUGAAGUGUGGAGCUGGUCCAGUUUUCCCUGGGGACAACCCACCCUCUUGUUUUUGUCAUUUUAAUCACAGCAUGACUCUGUUCUCCAUGGGAAGUGCUUUGGGAUGAAAGGGCGCGGGGGGGGUUGAGCCGAAAGUGAAUGUUUUGUUUUGUGCACACUGUAAUUCAUUGUCACUGAUUCUGUCUCUUGGAGGAAAUACUUGGGAAAUGAUUUAUUUAUCCCAUAAAAGAGAGCUGAUUGAUGCAUACAAAAUGAAUGUCAAAAACGUAACUUCAAAGCUUAUGUAGCGCUGCUGCCAAAAGAGUUUAUUCACUUUUUUUUCAUUUUUGGAACCGUGAAAUAUCGUUCUUUCUUGAAAUACUUUCCUUAAUUUCCAUAUUUGUUUUCUGCUUCAAAAUGUGAUCAUGGAUAUGAACUUUGGUUUAAACCGUAGGCUCUCAGUUAGUCGGAUCACUGUUGAUUUUCUUAUUUACCUUUUAUUCUUUUCUAUAAGCUGUAAGAGGACUCCAGACUGCUACAAUUACCCACAAUCCUCCUGUGAAAAUCUUGCACACGAAGCUAAAAAAAUCCUUCUUAAAGUUUUUAUUUUUCAAAGUUUACUCCUACGAACCGGAUGAUUGAAGAAAGUGUCUUUAGUUUACAGAUAAAGUUACAUAUAUUUAAAUCUUUUAAUUGAAGAUGAUUUUUUGUUGUUGGAUUGUAUGGAUUCUAAAGUGGCUGUCUGUUUACACUGAGUUGUGUCCGUGAAUCUUUCUCCUGAUAGAAUACGUUUUAAUUUAUUUAUUCUCUACACUUUCGUUACAGGUUACAUUUUGUCCUAAUAGAUGGGAAAUAUUAAAGCAUACAGAGCUUGUUACAGGGUGAAAACGGUGUUUAUUAAAGGUUAAUACGACAGAUCAGCGAUAGAAUAACAACUCAGAGUAAUUAUGAUUUUUUUUUGUUUAUUUUUUAAACAAUUGAGUUAUUGUCUUUUACAGAAAGCUGUUAAAUCUGUCCGACGCCAUGUGUGAAGAAUUCAUGAAACUGUAGUACAAGGUUUGAAUGUGGACAAUAAAAUGAAUGAGGUUGCA